GUGAGCAACGCGGGGACCCGCUCAGUGUAAAGUAGCUUAGUGAGGAGACCGAGCCGCGUCCCUGUGCAUUUGAGCAAGUGACAUGUUCCGCGAGUUCACGCAGAAUGAGACGAGUUCGAUUCUCUUUAGCAUUAUGUUAGCUUGAAGGCUAACUGCUGCUUUUUUUAAACAGCGCGACUAGCCAGCUGGAGGCUAGCUGCGUUGACCUGUCAUGGUCCUGAGGUGUUUCUACUGACGGAGGAGAUGGGGGACAACGAUGGAGAGGACGCGAGGGACACACCUGAGGACUCAGCUGGGGACACACCUGAGGACACGCAUGAGCUUCCUAUUGAGAUUAUCGUUUACAUCCUGAGUUUCCUUCAUGCGUCGGACAGGAAGGAGGCCUCGCUCGUCUGCCGCAGCUGGUACAGCGCCAGCCAGGACCUGCGCUUUCAGAGGAACGUCACCUUCUGCUUCCCGGCCUCCGCCUCGUCCCUGGAGCUGGUCAGGUCUCUGGGCAACAAGUCCUGCUGCAGCCUGAUAAUCAGCCAACUCGAUGGCUUCAGUAUGUCCAGAUCGCUGCUUCUGGAGGUGGGUCUGAGUCUGGGCUCCAAGCUGGAGAGCUUGGCCCUGCCUGGGAGCAGCGUGACGGAGACCUCCCUGCUGGCCCUCCUCCCUUGCCUGACCUCCCUCCGCAGGCUGGACCUCAGGGGCCUGGACAGCCUCUUCAUGUCUGGAGCGUUCCUCUCCAGGGAGGAGCAUCGCCAGCAGGUCAGGUCAGCUCUGUGUGGCCUGGAGGAGCUGGACCUGUCCGACCUGCGCUACCUCUCCGACCUCACCUUUAACCGGCUGACCUGCUGCACCCCCCGCCUCCGCCGCCUCUCGCUGGCCGGAUGCCACAUUGCCUUCGAGUUCGACCCGUAUCGGGGGUGCCCGGUGGGGGCCGUCGAGGACUCGUCAGCGUUACUGUCGCUGAGGAACUUGAAGCGGUUGUUGACGGAGCAGAGGUCCACACUCGUGGCUCUGGACCUCAGCAGAACCUCCAUCACGCCCGAGUCACUACGCACUGUUGCACAGGUUCAGGGUCUGGUCUUGGAGGAGCUGUGCCUCCAGGGCUGUAAGGAGCUGACCAACUACUCAGUGGAGGCUCUGGUGAAGCACCAGCCGAGCCUUCAGAGACUGGACAUCAGUGGCUGCACUGAGCUGACCAGCAGGUCUGUGGAGGCUGUAGCUCAGGGCCUGAAGUCUCUGACGCACCUCUCCUUGUCCCGCGACUGGAGGAUCACUGAGAAAGGCCUCGCCGAGCUUCUGUCCGUGUCGUCCCUGAAGAGUCUGGAUCUGUCCGAGUGUCUGCACGUCAGCGGAUCAGAGAUGGUGAAAGGCUUGAGGGAGUCCGGUGCUAGUAGAGCUCAGCUGGAGAAGCUCAGCCUCAAGAGCUGCACCUACAUCAGGGAUCUUGCCAUUUUCAAUCUCACCCAGCUGCUCGGGGAUACUCUCUGUGAGCUGGACCUGACCUCAUGCGUCAACGUGACAGACCUGUCUGUGCGCGCUAUCGCCACCUACCUGCACAGGCUGGUGGUUUUGAGGCUCGGCUGGUGUAAAGAAGUGACAGACUGGGGUUUGCUGGGGAUGGUGGAAACGACCAAGUGUGAGCCUGAGGAGGAGACGGAAGACAAGGGUCCCAGGUUCACCCGAACCUUUGGCAACAUGGGCUUCUUCAAGCCGCCUCGUUUGCCUUUCGAGGAGCGACCCAAGCUGGUGACGCAGAAUGACCUGGAGCAGUUCAAGCAGCAGGCCGGGGCGUCUCUGUUGGCUCUGAGCCGGCUGCAGGAGCUGGAUCUCUCCGGCUGCUCCAAGCUCACUGACAGCAGCAUCACACAGGUGGUGCACCACCCGGACCUCCGACGUCUGUCUCUGUCCAUGCUGCCAGAAAUCAUUGACGACAGCUUGGUGUCGGUAGCCUGGCGCUGCCGCAGCCUCACCAGCCUGAGUCUCAGCAACUGCCCGGGCAUCAGCGACCGCGGGGUGGCAGAGGCUGCACCGUACCUGAACAGACUCCAGCAUCUCUACCUCUCCGGUUGUAGUAAGAUCACGGACCAAUCCUUGUUCCACCUGGCGCAGCACUGCAAGCGUCUGAGGACUCUCGACAUCUCACGCUGCAAAAACAUUUCAAUAACAACGAUGGACCUCAUCCAGUCCCAGUUUCCCUACCUGGAGAAUGUCCAGUACAAAUUCAUAGGUGGGGCUGAUCCCACUCUGACACUCUGAGCGACCACUGGACAUUUCAAUAACAGAGCCUGCUCCGUCAUUGAGCUUCUGCACAUUUCAGCAAUUUGCACAAGAACUGAAAUAAGUGUUGUUUAAGUUAUAAAUUAUUGGCCAGGAACAAGCCAAUGAGGAAAACGUGAAGUUUAACAGUAACACAUGCCUCUCUACUAUAUGCAGAUGAUGUAAUUUGGCUCCAGUCUGUGAGGAAGCCAUUGAUGGAAGGAACAUUUUACCCGUUUUUUUACAUUAUCAAAUAACUUAUUAACGAAAACACAGACAUCAUGUGGGGAGAACGGCCUAAAAUCACAGAAACCAUCUUUGAAAGAAGUUAUUUGAAUUUAAUCUUUGACUUUUUAGUUUGACCCGUUUCCCAUCUGCUAUCAUGGAGGAGGCGCGGUUUAUGACCUGUAAUGCAAUCAAACACCAGGGGGCGAUCAAGGUGCUUUGGGGAGUAUCCAAUGCAAUCAAGAGAAAUCCUGUGAAGUGAAACAAAGCUCAUGAAGAAAGAAGAAACUAUUCUCAGUGUCUAAAGUGAAUGAGAAUUGUCUUCGGGCACAUUUGUAUCUAGAUGGUAAAUUAAUUCCAUAUUUUCUGCUUGUUAUAUUGUAGAAUAAGUUAAUUUUAACAUUCUAACUUAAUUAUUAAUAAAAGUAAUAAAGUGAAUAUAUAUUUACCUAUAUAGAAAACAUUUCACACUACUUUUGUCAUUUCAAUGUUUUCUCUUCACGUUGACCAAUUAAUUUUUAUUUUGACUUGAUUUAAAUGCCGACUCUUGUCCACUGUAGCUUCAGCAACGUGCUUUUGCUUUUGCUUUUUUUCAACCACAACAAAGGUAGACGUGUCGAUCAAAAUGUUGAUUUUUACAAAUAAACUAUGAAAGAAA